AUGGGUUGUGUUAGAACUCCAAGAUACCAUUUGUGUUAUAUUUGGCAGUUAUUUCUGUUGAUUCAAUCUAAAGCUUUUUGCUACCAAUACAAGGUUGGAGAUUUGGAUGCCUGGGGUAUACCCACUUCUGCAAACCCACAAGUCUACAACAAGUGGUCCAAAAAUCACAAGUUCAAGAUCGGAGACUCCCUCAUGUUUCUGUAUCCACCAAGUCAAGAUUCACUGAUACAAGUCACAGAGGAUGCCUACAAAAGCUGCAACCUAAAAUACCCAAUCCUAUACAUGAACAAUGGCAAUUCUCUCUUCAACGUCACUUCUCCUGGCGAAUUCUACUUCACCAGUGGAGUACAAGGGCAUUGCGGAAAAUCACAGAAGCUCCACAUUUCUGUGCCUGGAAAUGGUACUUCUGCAUUCUCACCCUCUUACGGUCCCGGUGCACUGCCAGCAACUUCUCCAUCUUACCCUACAGUCUUUGGAUCGAUCCCGACGCCACCUUCUUCUUCUUCUUCUUCAUCACUGCUAAAAUUUACAGCGUUCAUGGAGGCAGCCAUUGGAUUUUUCAUAUGCGCAUUGAUCAGUGGCAGGGUAUAA